UUUCAGCCACAGGGAACAAAUCCCCUGGCAGAGGGCAGAGACGACAAUCAAGCUGCUGAUCGGGUUGGCUGUCCUUUAGGGAGAACUGGGGACUGACUCCAGCAUUUGAGCAUUUCUUGCCUUCUGUCCCACCCAAACCAGAACAAAAGAUUCUUCAAACCAACAGGUCUAACUGUACUUCAGGUUUUGCUCAUGGAGGUGCAAAAUGACUGGAAGAAUUGUUGGCACCUCAUUGAUGACAGCCACGUGAAAGACUUUGAAGUAGCCAAAUGGGUCAAGAUCACCCUUGCCCUCAUCUACAGCAUUAUCUUUGUGGCAGGGAUCUUGGGCAACAGCAUCACCAUCCAGACUUCCAAAAUACUGCAGAAGAAAGGCUAUAUGCAAAAAGCAGUUACUGACCACAUGAUAAGUCUAGCAUGUUCAGAUCUCUUGGUGAUCUUACUGGGGAUGCCUGUGGAGUUCUACAGCAUUAUAUGGAGUCCUUUCUCUACUACAAAAGGAGACCUAACCUGCAAGUUGUACAGCUUCCUCUUUGAGGCUUGCAGCUAUGCCACUGUGUUACAUGUGGCCACCCUAAGCUUUGAAAGAUACAUUGCCAUCUGCCAUCCAUUUAAGUUCAAAGCUUCUUUCGGACCCUACAAAGUGAAGAUUCUCAUUGCCUUUGUUUGGAUUACAUCUGUGCUGGUGGCCCUACCCCUUCUUUUUGCAAUGGGUGCAGAGCACCCGUUGGUAGCUAUCCCAGGCCAUCGAGACUUGCCUGUCUGUGAAAGACCCAAGGCCCGACACCUGCCUGAAUUCCGUUUAAACGUGACAAUAUGCACCAAUUUAUCAUCUAAAUGGAGAGUCUUCCAGUUUAGUAUUUUCACUGCCUUCACUGUGUACCUCAUAGUGUUGGUUUCUGUAGCAUUUAUGUGCCGGAAUAUGAUGAAAGUUUUGAUAGUCUACAAGCAAGCAACAUUGGCAGUAAAAGGAACAGAAAAGCAGUGCCAAUUUCUAAGGAAAACAGAACAUCCAGAGAGCAGAGGAUCCAAGAAACAGACUCUUAUCUUCCUAGGUUUGAUUGUUGCAACACUGGCAAUAUGCUGGCUGCCGAAUCAAGUUCGAAGGAUCAUGAUGGCUGCUAGGCCCAAGCGAGACUGGACCAUCUCCUAUUUCAGGGCAUAUAUUAUCCUUCUCCCCAUAGCAGAUAUCUUCUUUUACCUUAGUUCUGUGGUGAACCCGCUCCUAUACAACGUUUCCUCCCAGAACUUCCGGAAGGUAUUUCUUCAAGUCCUUCGCUGUCGCCUGUCAUUAGAACAUGCCAACAAACAGAAGUACUUGGCAACUAGUUUAAACUCUGUAGCCAACAGCAACCAUUCCAAACGCCCAUUGAUCUUCAUAUCAUCCAGGCGGAAGUCUUCCACUAAGACGGCUCAGAAGGUUUCCUUAAAUAUUCUUCAGAAUGAGGCUGAGAUUGACUCUAGUUUACCAAAACUGAGUCCCGAGUCAUUGGAGCUCAAUGUGAAAACAAUGCCUCCGGAGACCAGCACAGAUCCAAGCCUUGUUAACCAGAAUGGCAUUUGUGAACAUGAGCAGUAAAUACUCAUAAAGAAAAGUUAUAGGAUACACAAUAUGCUAACGGGGGAAGCAAUAAAGGAAAACAAAACAAAACAAAACAAAAAAGGUUAUACAGCCAACAAGUUGUACCCUUCAAGUUCAAGUGCUAAUUUCAAUAGAC